AUGGCCAUCAAAUCCUUGGCCGAGGAUGCGUUGAACCAGGAGGAAGUGACUUCAUCUAGAGAGGACUUAAAGUGGAUUCCACCCAUAUCUAACGACGUGGAGAGGCUGUUCUCUCGUGCAGGAAUAGUGUUCUCACGUCUGCGCCGAAGUCUCAACCCAAUGACGUUGGAGACGAUACUCUUUUUGCAGUUCAAUAGGAGCUUGUGGGAUGCAAGUGCAGUUGUGGAGGCGAUUGAUCUCGGAAAGAAGAAGAAGACACGACCUCGGGAAGAAGAAAACGCGAACUGA